UGCGCGCCCCGCAAGUCCUGGCCAGCCCUGCGGGACCCCCGAAGGGGGCGGGCCGAGGGAGGGCGGGACCGCAGGGCGGGCGGGGCAUCGCUGUUAAGCCAACUCCCCAAUACCCCUCCAUACUCUGGCUCCAGCAGGGCUGAUCCGGGAUCUCGAUGCUGUAAUCCAGCUCGGCCGAGGCCAUGGUGAAGGUGCGGGCCGUCAGCACGGGCCUCCCGCCGGAACUCCCGCAGUUUCACCUCGCCCGGGCCCGGACGCCACCGGGCCACGCCCCCUCCCCGCCCACGCCCGGCGCUGCCCAAUCCCCGAGCUGCACUCUGUGACCUCCCUGCCUAGCAACCACGGAGUCGCUUCGCGCCUCCGGCGGCACCCACUAGCCCAGCCCUAGCAACCGCGGCCCCGCCCCGACUGUCUUUGGGCCCCAGCAAUUGGCUGACCCUCUCGAUCUUGAAUCAAGUAUUAGUGGGGCAGCGCUCUCGGAGCGUCCCCACCCUCCUGUGAAGAAAACUUGAACUUGCACCUCUAACUACAUCUACCUCCAUCGCCAGCCGCAGUUCCCAGGCUGGAGGCAGGAAAACGAACAAAACAGCGUGAGGCGGCGCGUGCCAACCAGUCUUUCCAAACCUGUGGGUUGAGACUGGUUGCCUGGCUGGGAAGGGGACUUCAGUCGUCCUCAGGAUUGGCUGACCAUGGCCUCUAUAAAGGAGCAGGCAGCAAUCAGCCGGCUCCUGAGCUUUUUGCAAGAGUGGGACAACGCCAGCAGAGCCCUAAGAAUUCAGAUUCUCACCACGUUCAUCGAAACCAACGAAGGCAAGACUGGCCCCGAGCUGGAGCUAGAGUUUUCCCAGGGAGCCAGUUUGUUCCUCAUACGAGUGACCACCUGGCUUAGAAUCAUCUAUAUGACUGGCUUAGAACUAGAAAAGAUCCUGAGGGCCAUUGGCAUCUUCUUAUCUGCUGUGAGCAGCAAUCGGUACCUGAUAGAAUUUCUUGAGAUUGGAGGUGUCCUAACGCUCCUGGAAAUACUUGGCCUAGAGAAGAUCAAGGAAGAGGACAAGAAGGAAUCCAUCAAACUACUUCAGAUUAUUGCAAACAGUGGCAGGAAGUACAAGGAACUCAUCUGUGAAAGCUAUGGUGUGAGAGCCAUAGCAGAAUUUCUGGCAAAGUCUAAAUCAGAAGAGACCCAGGAGGAAGUGCAGGUUCUGCUGGAUUCGUUGGUCCAUGGCAAUCCCAAGUACCAGAACCAAGUAUACAAAGGUCUAAUAGCUCUGCUGCCCUGUGGGUCCCCGAAAGCCCAGCAGCUGGCCCUGCAGACUCUCAAGACUGCCCAGUCAAUCGUGGGAGCGACACACCCCAGCAUCGUGGAAUGUGUGCUGGCGGUCCUGAGUACAGUGCACCUGGAGGUCCAGUAUGAAGCAAUCGAGCUGAUAAAGGACCUGAUCCACUACAAUGUGCGCUUGCCUCUGCUCAAGGGCCUCGUGGCCCUGCUCAUCCCAUCAGUCAAGGAAACAUCCAGACAGCAGGCCAGGAUCUUCAGUGGUAGGACUCCUCUACGGGACUGCCCCCUGGAAGUGGGAAAGGCUUCCUGGCUGAUGGUCCCUCAUUUCUUCAGAGUCUUCGUUUCUCCAGACCACUACCCAGCUACCAGUGUUCCUGCAGCAGGCUGCAGCUGCCAAGACCCUUGGGUAGGGGGAUACAGAGGAAGUGGGUGAUUACAGCAAGCCAGGCUGGACAUGCAAGCCCAUGCAUGCACUUGUCUGCCUCCCGCACACUAGGAUUAAAGGCAUGUGU